GAAGCUUCAGACCUCCUCUUCUGUCCUCUCCUCACUCCAUCCCACGGACGAGUGUACACAGACUCUCAAGUUGAACCCAGACGCGCACACAUCAGACAACACUUACAGCAAGAGGACGAUAGUCGGAGGAAAGGCAGAGAGGGAAAAGAAAAGGAGAGCGGACGGAGCUGCUGCCGAGCGAGCAGAAUUUGGAUUUUAAUUUAUUAAGCGAGCCCUAAAUGACAGAGUUGUCUUUGCUCUUUACUGUUUCAAAGUCCACUGUGAAGUGCACUUUUUUAUUUUUUUUCGGGACUUCGUGUGACCCUCUGGUGAUUUUUUAAAAACUUUGCAAGAAAGAAAACUGCGACAAAGGCAAAGAGAACAGCGCUUUAACUGUCAGCUUUAACCGUCCCGUUUGGAUAAAUAAGGCAGAGAAGCGCACUGGUGGAAAAAAGCUCACUACGGGGAAUUUCAUUCAUCCAUCGGUUCUGGCUUGAAGGAGAGAGAGUUUUUGGGGGGAGGCGGAUUAAAAAAAGAAGCCAGCUUGCACCGGAAUUGCCCAUUGGGGGGUUCCUCUUUAUUACUGACUGAAGAAGGAUUUAUAGUUUACUCCAAAUCUCAUCUGCUCGGUGUCUUAGGUCAAGCACAGCGGGAGCGCAGUUUGGUGAAAAUGAGAUUGAUGGCACCAAUGCGAUAGUAAUCUUUCUGUGGGAACAAAAGGAGAAAGAAAUAUAGAAAUUAAAAUCUUGCCCUUUGAAUCCUUAUUGCCAACAGUCGCGGGGGUUUUUAUCGACUGGAGGGAUGGAGACGAUCGGGAGAAAGGGAGGCGCGCCGUUGGGGUGUCGCCUCUGGAAGACGCUGCUUCUUCUUCUGCUGUGGAAAGUGUCUGACAGCCCAUCAGUAGCAGCAGGCGGUGGACCAGGCGGAGGGCCGGACAUCUCCCAGUCCCACUUCUCCUCCUCUCUUCCCACCUACCUCCCUGUCCAAUGCCAACUAAGUGGCGCUGAUUCCGCCUUCUUCCUGCGAGAAGCCAAUCAGGAGGUUAUGCGAAAUGGCAGCCUAUCAUCACGGACUGAGCCAUUCUUUCUCCACCAGCUAGAACCAGGCAUUUCUGCCCCACACUCUCUGCCAAGUGUAAACUGCAGUUAUGGAAAUCUGAGCACUGAGCAGCCAAUCCCUGUGGAAUUGCUUCAAGGUCCAUCACCACACCUGCUCCUUUCAACAAACCGUGUGACGUUGAACUGGAAGGUCAAAGGUCAGGUAGUGGUGCCUAAAGUGGGAUCAACAAGGCCAUGGAUACAGGUAUUGUUUUACCUGGUAGGGCGGCGUUGGGAUGAGCCUGAACCACCUCCAUCAUCCCUCCUCCCAUGCAUCAGGGCCUUGGCCAUCCGUGACACUAGUGAAGCAGCACCCUCGGCAGGCUGCCGACUCAUGGGACCAUCUGGUAUCUGUGUUGUCCGUCUGGAGAUUCCCCCAGCUUGGUUUACACCACCACAAGUGAGAAAGAGACCUCCUGAAGUGGCUCUACCAUCAGUGGAUGUGUAUUACUCAAUUAUACCAGUGGAAGGUGCUGGUCAAGAGUGUCCCUCCAUUGUUAAUGAGCCAUGGAAAGCUCCAAGUGCAAACUCUGGGCCACAUGGUGGUCUGGCUAUGGGCCUUGGGGGGCAGUGGAGCACCCUAGUGGAUGAAGGUCUUCAAGACAUGCUGAAAGUUGGUUCUGUUGCAAUGAGCAUGGGCCCUGUUUCUGCCAAAGGAGAAAGACUACAAUUAGAUGACAAUGUGGAAGUUUUGGAGCCUCCCAGUCCUGUUCGGCUUGGCAGAACAGUGGCUUUUGCCAUCUACAUGAAGACAACUUCAAAUACGGAACAGUUUACAUUGAGGGUGUGGUUCCAGUCAGGUAUCAACUUCCUGGCUGUGAAACCCAGCAACCUUGUCGCAUGGGAGAUCAAACAGGAAAUGGCACCGGGAAGCAGUUCGUUGGCAGUGAUGUGCCAGAGAAAGGCCUCCUCCACAGCAGAGAGAUUAGAAAGUCCUUCCUAUGAGGUCAUGCAGCUCGACUUUGAGGUGGAUAACGUGAUUAACCUGGUGCCAACCCAGACUCUACACUGGAGCGUUGAAUACCCAGCUGGCACACAGACAACUUCCAGGCAAACAGAGAAAGUUUCACACCUCUAUAUCAGCAGUGCCGACAUACAGGGCAUCGUACCACUGGCUGAGGACACAGAGAUUGUGAAUACAGCCAUUCUAACCGGUCGACAUGUUGCAGUGCCAAUCAAAGUGGUUACUGUGGAAAGCGAUGGGCAGGUGAGGGAGGUGGACGACUCCAUCACCUGCAGCUCAACAGAUGUGGAUGUGGUUAAGGUUUCUCCGAACUGUGACAAGGUUUUGGUGAAUGGCAAAGAAAUGCGUGGUCGGCAGUCUUUGACCAUCAAGUUCUCAUACCUGCACCUAUCUGCUCAGCUUCAGCUCACCGUCUGGGUGCCCAAGCUACCGCUUCAGAUAGAUCUGUCAGAUACUGAGCUCAGCCAGGUCAAGGGCUGGAGGGUGCCAAUCAUCACUAACAAGAGACCCACCAGAGACAGUGAAGAUGAUGAGGACGAUGACAGAAAGGGCAAAGGCUGCACCCUACAGUACCAGUAUGCUCUGGUGCGGGUCCUCACUCAUUUUGUCGCAGAACCGUCUGACCCAGGUGGAGAGAUGGUUUACAUGCUGGGUGCUGACUGGCAAGUUGAUAUCACUCAUUUGGUCUUGGACCAAUUAAAGAUAGAAGAGCCUCGCAUUGCCAGAUUAAUAGAUGGACGAAUCGUAAUCGGGCGGGACCUGGGACACACCAAUAUACAGGUUCUGUCCCCCUUGUCUGACUCAAUACUGGCAGAGAAGACUGUAACUGUAUUAGAUGACAAGGUCACCAUUUCUGACCUGGGAGUCCAGCUGGUUGCAUCUCUGUCCCUUAGUUUGAGUCCAAGUCCUGUAAAUUCUCAAGCCAUACAAUUAACAACCACAGCUGCUGACCUGCUACAUACACCUAAACAGGAAGCUGGGAUCAGUGCAUGGAUCCAGUACAGUGAUGGUUCGGUGACACCACUGGAUAUAUAUGAUCCAAAAGACUUCCUACUUUCAGCUGUCUCACUUGAUGAGAAUGUAAUUUCUGUUACCAAUCAGGAACAGCACUGGCCCAUUGUAGUAGCAGAAGGUGAUGGGCAGGGGGCAUUGUUUCGAGUAGAGAUGGUCAUCUCUGAAACUUGCCAGAAGUCAAAAAGGAAGAGUGUGCUGGCAUCUGGAGUUGGAAAUGUUAUAGUUAAGUUUGGAGCAAAAAAUGACGAAAGAGGAGUGAUGGGAAGAGGGGGGCAAGAUGAUGGUGGAGGGUUGGAUAACAGCACCAGUGAACAACGGACAAAAGAUGGAGGAGAGUGGAAAUCUAACAGUGCAGCAGUGGACCGAGAGGAAGGAGCCAUGAGGAAGGUUAGCUCAACAACCAAGAGUACAGUAACCCAUCGUGCUUCAGGUGGCAAAGGUGCUGGUGGUGGCAGCAGCAGUAGUCGUGGCAGUGGCCCCAGCCAACCAGGCGACUACAGUAGCUACCCAGCACCAGUGGAGGUACCGGGGACUGGAAACAGUGAGCUAACCCAGCCCACUAGAGGCCUGUCAGACCUGGAGAUUGGGAUGUAUGCCCUUCUGGGAGUAUUCUGCCUGGCAAUACUGGUUUUUCUCAUCAACUGUGUCAGCUUUGCUUUCAGAUACCGUCACAAGCAAGUCCCAGUUCUAGAGGCAGGAGGCAACAUGAACCAUGCCCACGACUGGGUGUGGCUUGGCACUGAGGCUGACCUUUUAGCAGACCACUCUGACCAAUGCCAGGGUGGCGUGCCGGAUGAGUGCACCACCAUAAUUGACCGCAAUGAAGGGGGCUACGAGGAGAACAAGUAUCUACUGAAUGGGGCUGGUAACACCUUGGUAAUGGGCAUGGGCACUAUAAGUGGGAGCGGUGGCAGAGGUGGACAUCGGGGUGUCACCCAUGGACAAACCUUGCCUAGAUCCAUUCCAGAAUCGCAUCAGUGCCUUUCAGCAAUCACUACUGGUGGCAAAGAUGCUACAGGUCAAAAGGAGCAUCUGAAUAAUUCCCCCCAAGCCACAGCUGCAGCUGCUGUUGCAGCGGCCAAACGCAAACGCGUCAAAUUCACAUCUUUUGCCACUGUUCUGCCCAAUGAUAAUUCAGGUGGUGGCCCAUACACCAACUCAUCAGUCCUGGUGACGAAUGGGAGUGAAGAUGAUAUCAAGUGGGUGUGCCAGGAUAUGGACCUAGGUCAGUCUGAAAUCAGAACCUAUAUGGAGAGGCUACAAGACAAUCUGUGACUGAUGGGAAAGAAACUGAGAAAUGGCGGGGCAGAGGAUUAGUACAGUAGGGGGAGAAUGGACAAUGAGUACAAUUCACCUAUAAUGCCUUUGCAGUGGAUAUAUGGAGGGAGAAUGGGAGGGAUAUAAGAAGCGUGAAGGGAACAUAAAGUGUGAUGAUGUGUCUGGAAGAGUAUCUAAGAGACAUUGUGUUGGGUUGGGGACGCUUACAUUUAGCAUCCCUUAGGCUAUGAAAAGCAUCACUAGCUCACACUAAAAUUAAUGGUAGCAAAUAAUAAAUAACUUUGAGUUUUUUUCUGUUUUAUUUAUUGUGAAAAUAUUAGUGUAAAAAUCAAUAAUAAAGUCACUAUUGUUUUAAAUGUUUACUUUCAGAAAAUUAGUAAACCAUUGUAUAGAUACUUACAGUAAAUUCAGGGUACGUUAUUGGACAGACAUUUGUAAGCCACUUUACAUUUAAACGAGGAUGGGAAGGACUUACAUCAUGUCCUGCCUUCAGAAGUCUUUUUUACUCGUGUGGUAUAUUGCCAACCUUUGCUGUGGCCGUUGACUAAUCAUUGAUCUACUUUUGAUAUACAAACAUUUACCUGCCGAGUCUGCAGAAUGGUUACGUAAUGAGUUCUCUGACGAAUAUGUGUUGUUGGUUUAUCAUGUGACCCAUUUCUUAUGGCAUUUCUCAUAAGUAACAUGUGAAAUGUAAUAAAUAUAUAUAGUCCAAGUACUCAACUAGAAAUUCAGGCAUUUUGCAGUUACUAGUGGGAAUUGCCAUUCAGCUCUGUAUUCAGGCAAAUGUGCUCUUUCUUGAAACAACAGAGUGUCCUGAGAGUUGGAAAAUGAUAUCUCUUACAAAAGACUGUUUCUCCCUUGGAUCCAAGACAGAGGCAUUUAUUCUUGCACAAUUACAAACAGGAAAGGACAUUAGCCAUAUUUGAGGCUGAUUUUCUGUUUUCCCUGCAGCCAAUGAUGGCUUUCUCCCUCUAUCCAGAAUCACUCCUGUCAUCCCCUGGCCCAUCUCCUUGUCUGUGAUUGGACAACAGUAGAACAUUUGUGAAGUUAAAAAAAAAAGAAAAAUACACACACAGUGAAACACUGAGUGUAAGGGGACUGACUGAAAUGUCUCAUAUUAAAAAAAAGGAAGUGGUUGGGCUUUGCAAAGCCUGACUGAGCACCUAAUAAUGAAGAUUAUUAAAAAAAUGUACCACAUAGGCAACCAGACAGACAGGAGUACCUACAGUGUUGAACAUUGAGAUAACAGGAUGUACUGAAUGACAUGUGAAUGGAUAAUGAUAAUGGAAUGGAUACCUGACGAACAGAUAUGGAUACGUACCAGCUUGUUGAACAUUAUUAUGAAUAUAUUGUUUUUUUUCCUUUUGUUUGUCCUUUUUGAUAAAUAGAAGGUUUUUAUGUUUUUCUUUGUUAUGUUUUUCCCUAAUUUGGGAAGAUAUUAACUGUAGCUUUUUAUUUCAGAGAUUUAUUAAGAUUUAAGAAUAUAUGAUCCUUUUUUUCCUUCUAGAUACCUAUUUAUUUGAAAUCAUGUUUGAGAGGGUGAGGAAGGAAUGACAGGGCAAGGACAAAGACUGAAAGUAAUAGGCCUGCUGGUGAAUGAUAGCACAUAAAAGAAUAAGUGGAAAGAAGGACUCAGAACAGGCAAAGGUUGCCUCACCUUCGUUAAGCUCAGGUGACGAGUCAUGAAGAACCGACAAUAAAAAAGGAGAACUGUACGAUGUUAAGAUUGCAAUAUUUAUUUAUAAAUGUGUUACUGUUUCAGAGUACACUGUAUGUUGUAAAUAAAUAAACAUGCUUCAAAGUGCUUGUGAAUAAGAUUGCAGGCCACUAGCCAACAACUUGGUGAUAUUUUGUACAUUUUACAGUGCAAAUAUGGUACACAAUACUAUCUACCACCACAAUGUGAAAGUGAUCUUAUGGGUUCUUUUUUUCUAAAGAUGUUCCGGUCUUUACUUCAAGUAUUGAAUGAGUUCUUGUCUUUGUACAGGGUAGAAGUCAGUUUACCUCUGUGAGAUGUAAAAAUGGAGGCCAUUACACUCAAAAUUGUUUGAGAACGGCGAGUCUCAGAGGUCCAUUUAGGAAAGCAAAUUAAACCAACUGUCACAAUGUUUUUUUAGUGGGCUCAUUCAAUUGAAAACAAGGGCAUAAUUUUGAUUACUAAAGGCAUCUCUAUUUUCAAUCAUUUGUUAAACAAGAAACAUUUGAAAAAUACACGCUGGCAUCAAAACACAAAUGAUUGGGUCUGAAAUGGAAAGAAUUGGGAAUAAAAAGAAAAUGCAGUGUAAACAGACACAGAUAAGAGACCUGAGCUGAUGCCAAAUGGGGAAUAAAAUUUGCCGUAUGGCCUCCACCAAAGCAAUAGAUAUUCUGACUGAUGAUGACAACUAUACUGUAUGUUCUGGACACAUUACUGUAUCUAUCCUACUCUGCUCUCCGAUGUAGUUAUAAGACUGCUGUGCUCCAAAGGAACAGUCAAAUGGAUCCUAGUUCAAUAGUUGCUUAAGGUAUAAGUGUAGCAAUGCUCUCAGUUGAAAAAUCUUUCUUAAAUUGCUGUGAAUGUAUUCAUACUUUACAGCUUUGGAAAUCCAUUUUACCUACUUUUAUUUAAAAAAAAAAAAAUGGAUGUCAACUUAAAAAAAUACAAGGCUAUUUUUGAGAGACUGCAGAUUGGGUAUUUCAGCUUGCACUGUAUUUGAUAUCAAAGAAAGAAAUACACUGUAAAAAAAAAAGAUAACAAUGUCAGCAAAAACCACAAUGUACAACACGCUUAUUAAACUACUGCUAACUUGUCCUGAGAGAAAUAGUUUUUAACUUAUUUGCCUUUACAAAUAUCAGAGAUAACCUCUCUAAUAUUGUCUGGUCUUUACCUCAUCAUAUAAAGCACCUUGAGAUGGCUGUUAUUGUGAUUUUGCUAUAUAAACUGAAUCAAGUUCAAUUCAAUUGAAAUGAAAUAAAUUAACUGCCACAACUGGUAGCGUCUAGAGUUAACUCAUGUUUGGUGCCACUGGUAACAUUGCACAGAUUUAGGCAGAAUUGUAAAUGCAGAAUCAAGAUAACUUUUUAAUUUCGUUCUUCUCAGCAGUCAUCUUUAUUGGUAAAUUAAUGCCUUAUAUCAUAUGGCAAUUAGUUUUUUACAGAUUAUUCAUUUAUUUUUUGUUUUGUUUCUCGUACUUGCACAUACUACUAAGAUGAUUCGGUGUCUUUUACAGUCAAUAUUCAACAUGAUGCUGCACAGGAAUAGUUGCCUUAUUUUUCUGACAGAAAAUGAGCACUGCUUUGUUUUCAGAAAAGUGGUCUAACUCUGCAGAUGUCCCUUGCCAUUUCAAAUCUUGCUAGAACAUUCCAACAUAGUAUCAGUCGUAGACAGUAUAAAAGAUGGUUGUAGCUUCUGGGUCGUGGAAUAUGAAGCCAAUGCAGAAGUGCCUUAAACCUAAAGUAUACUCUGUCACAAGGCCACCAGAUGACAAUAGCUGUUCUUGCAGAGACUUUAUUUUCUUAUAUAAGUCUUCUGGAAAAAUGGCUUUCUGUUUUGACCUGUUUUGAUCUGUCUUGACCCGAUGUGUUUAUGAACUUAGUCGCUCAUUUUGGGUCGCAUUGAAUGCAAAAAAAUAAACCUGUUUUAUAAAAUCUUGGUCAUUUAAAAAAAAAAAAAAGAGUAUUAUCCAUGGUAUUCUGCCAUCAGGCUCACUGCCUAAAAAUCUAUCAAUUAUAAGUCAUUAUUCAGUGAGGAAAUCACAUUUCUUUAAAACCAAGAAAUGGCACAAUAAAAGCACUAAUCUUAAGGCUUCAUAACCAGUGGAUUACAUCAUAGUAACUACUUCCACCUUUUACACUGGCUGUGAUACCAGUAAAGUUGUUUUCAGACCAGUCCACAUGACUUCUAAAAAUAUGCAUUUAAAAAAACUAUUUCUCUUUGAUAAAGCCAACUGAUAGCAGUAGAUCAAGCAAGCAAAAACAUUCUUUUAUAGCAGGUACAUUUGACUGCUGAAAAAUCCAACCUCACCGGAGCAGGUUAGAUUUUACAAAAUCUAUUACACUGUUAUAUAGUCACACAUGGGCAGCAGUUUAAUAUACUACAGAGUAGAGGAGGUACUAGCAGACAUGAGCCCUAAAGUUGCUUUUUUUCCCUUUUAAUUAUUAUUAUUAUUAUUUUUUCUUUUUGCCUAUUGUCAUUGUUUAAAAUUGGUUAA